ACUUAGACAAGAGAUUUUAGCGCCUGUCUGUUGUGAUACUUGUCACUAAAAGCACUUCAACGUGUAUGACUGCGAGUCCUGGAGACAGAAACUCGGGAGGGGCACCUGAAGGCAUCAUUAGUGUAGAUCGUUAUUGCAUGCGCGCGGUGUUUGCUGCUGUCUGGUUCCACUCUGUCCUCCAUUAGAGCUGGGCUCCAUCCCUGCUGUACGGCGCAGGCCCGAAGCAGCGCAGCCGCUCUGAGCCAUUGUACUGUAUCUAGCUGUGUAGACCAGGUGGCCAAUAAUGGAGGAUCAUGCUGUUCAUUCAGCAGAACCCAUGACCACCAUCGAGGCCAGUGCUGUCAGCCAGGUCCAGCAGGUACACGUGUCCACAUACACUGAAACGUCCAUGAUGAGUGCUGAGGAAGACUCAACAUCUUCACCAGAUGAUGAUCCUUAUGAUGACACGGACAUCCUCAACUCGGCUGGCACAGAUGAGGUCACCGCCCACCUGGCUGCUGCAGGGCCAGUAGGCAUGGCAGCUGCUGCUGCUGUAGCAACUGGUAAGAAAAGAAAAAGGCCUCACAUCUUUGAAUCAAACCCGUCAAUCCGCAAGAGGCAGCAGACCCGUCUGCUCAGGAAACUAAGAGCCACACUGGAUGAGUACACCACCAGAGUGGGUCAACAGGCCAUAGUGCUGUGUAUCUCUCCCUCCAAACCAAACCCAGUGUUCAAGGUUUUUGGUGCUGCUCCUCUGGAGAAUGUGGUGAGGAAGUAUAAGAGUAUGAUGUUGGAGGAUCUGGAGAACGCUUUGGCUGAACAUGCUCCUGCUGGUGGAGAGCUGGCCUCAGAGCUGCCACCCCUCACCAUUGAUGGCAUCCCUGUCUCUGUGGACAAGAUGACCCAGGCCCAGCUGCGAGCAUUCAUCCCAGAGAUGCUGAAGUACUCAACAGGCCGAGGGAAGCCUGGCUGGGGUAAGGAGAGCUGCAAGCCAGUGUGGUGGCCUGAGGACAUCCCUUGGGCCAAUGUCCGCAGCGAUGUCCGCACAGAGGAGCAGAAACAGAGGGUGUCUUGGACGCAGGCUCUGCGGACCAUUGUGAAGAACUGCUACAAGCAACAUGGCCGUGAGGAUCUGUUGUAUGCUUUUGAAGACCACCAGAUAGUUACAUCAACAACCACUCAGCACCACUUGACCACAGCGCAGGGCAUCGCUCACCUUGUGCCCUCACAGACUGUAGUACAGACCAUCAACAACCCUGAUGGAACAGUCUCGCUUAUUCAGGUUGGCACAGGACACACAGUUGCCACUCUGGCAGAUGCCUCAGAGCUGCCUGGUGUGACGGUGGCACAGGUUAACUACUCCACUGUGACUGAUGGAGAGGUGGAGCAGAACUGGGCAACCCUCCAGGGCGGGGAGAUGACAAUCCAAACCACUCAAGCAUCAGAGGCCACACAGGCGGUAGCAUCUCUGGCUGAAGCUGCUGUUGUUGCCAGUCAGGAGAUUCAACCUGGAGCCACUGUCACAAUGGCUCUCAACAGUGAGGCAGCAGCCCAUGCUGUAGCAACACUUGCGGAGGCCACCCUACAAGGUGGAGGUCAGAUUGUCCUUGCAGAGACAGCGGCUGCUGUUGGGGCACUGGCUGGGGUUCAGGAUGCCACAGGUCUGGUCCAGAUUCCAGUCAGCAUGUACCAGACUGUUGUGACAAGCCUUGCCCAAGGCAGCCGGCCUGUCCAGGUUGCCAUGGCACCUGUGGCUACACGCAUAGAUAACACUGUCACGCUGGAUGGCCAGGCAGUGGAGGUUGUGACCCUAGAGCAGUGACACUUAGGAGCCUGGGAGGAGUAGAAGGCACUGAAUGGCCACCUUGGAGAUUUGUCUGUCCUACUGUUUUCCAAGACAUCAUGCUGUGUACAAUGUCAAAUAUAUUUUUAAAUGCGCAUCUGCAGAAUGAAAAGUCAGUUAUCAGUGGAUUGUGUUUACUAUGUAAAGAUAUUGCUUUUGUUGGUGUAAAUUUUUUUCCCAAUUUAGCUUUGCUUUUUUUUUAGCUCAGUGAUGUUGAGUAAUUUAUUUCUUUACAAUUAACCUAUACUUAAAACAAAGAUGAACCAAAAAACCCAGGAGGAAAGCCACUGCUGCUUGAUUUCAGUAUCAUCUUUUAGCCUAAAUGUUCUGUUAUUAGGACACAUUUACAUUACAGUGCCAUUGUCAGAAAUCACCCCUCUCUGUUUCCUUGCUCACUGUUCUAAAUUUCCCCCCUCAGCUCACCUAAAAGUCUUAGUGUAAGCAUCUGAGCUGUGGACACACCCACUUUUCUCAUUGGAUGAUAAAAUAUUAUGCUAAAAUACUAUCUUAUAAUGUGCUUUUUUGUGCUGUUUUACCGUUGUCCACACACAUGCCAAGAUUUGUGAAGACUCAGGAUGUACAUCAAUGUGUUUUAUACUGCUGGAUGGCUGAGCUGACUUCUUGAAUCAGCCACAUUGUCUACCAAAUUUCUUUACUGUGUAUGCAUUUACAGUAUAUGUUAAUUUUUUUACAUGAACUCCCUUAUAUGUCAUUUCGGCCUCGGUGGCGUACACCACUUUGUAUAUCACAGGAAGUUGCUCAUGUAGGACAGGAGUUGCAUUAUUUGUGAUGUAAAUAUCAAAAAUAAUUUCUUUAAAUCUUGCAUUCAAAAUGUGUGCUAAGAAUCUACUUAGCUCCCACCAAACCUAUGUAUUUAAAAAAAAUGAAGUUCAAUAAAAUGGCUGCUGUUUAC